AUGCCUCAUCUCGCCCACGUUUCCCUGGUCGUCCGUGACUACGAUGAGGCUCUCGCCUUUUACGUCGAUAAGCUCGGCUUUACCCUCGUCGAGGACACGCAGGAGCCCGACAAGCGCUGGGUCGUCAUCCGCCCUCCAGGUGCGUUGCCAGACGCGACAACCAUACUGCUCGCCCGUGCUUCAACACCAGAACAGCUUGAUGCUGUAGGAAAUCAAACCGGCGGGCGUGUGUUUUUAUUUCUUGAGACGGAUAAUUUCCAGAGGGACUAUGAUCGGUUUACUGAGAAUGGGGUUGAGUGGGUAAGGCCACCAACAACGAUGAGUUAUGGGACCGUUGCUGUAUUUAAGGACUUGUACGGCAACCAGUGGGACUUGAUUCAGCGAGCAAAAGCAUCCUGA